AUGGCAGGAAUGGUGGGGAGGCUUGGCUUCGACGAAGCGUCGCUAGCCGCCUUCAUCGUCCAGCCCAAGACGGCGGGGCUGCAGCUGGGACAAGUUGUCGGAAGCACCCGAGGGGGGUCGGGAAGGUCAGCGCUCAUUGCAGACGGACGGCCAGCGCUGGAUGACAAUAGAGGGCUGUGUCACGUGAGGCUGCUUUCGGCCUUUGUCCGAAAGCGGACAGGGAUUCGCGCAAAGCCCACAAUAGGCGGCCGUGCCAUGGCCGUGCGCAGAAUUUUGGGCAGGGACGAGGCGGCGUGGGCCGACGAGUUUUCGCGACGCGCCUAG